UUUUUUUGCUCGUUUUUUUAGUUUUGUGGUGUUGAAAAAUGUUUUGCAAAUUAUCAAAUUCAUCUAAUUUUAUUAUAAUUUAUUUAUUAAUGUUUCUUUUCAAUGGAUGUUCAUCGGACGUGAUCAGCCAAGAUGAUGACGGCAUGUCAGGCACCAUCCAGUUUGGCGGACCCCAGGACAUGAAUGAUGAAAUGAUGAAUAGUCCAUUUGUACCCGAUGAGUUACAAUGCGAUGCAUGCAUUGCUGUUUCUUACAAGCUAUGGGAAGGGUUAAACGAAUACAACAAGAAGCACCCAUCAUUAAAGAACGAACUUUCAGAAUCCACACUGAUCGAUCUUAUGGAUGAGGUCUGCUCCGAUCAGGAAGUUUGGAAGCAAUAUGGUAUGAAGAAGAUUAAAAAAGUGACUCGACUGUCAGGACCAGGCAUGGAGACAGAGGAAGUCCCUGGAGUUACUGCCAGCGGAGGCAAGUGGCCUGCGAGGCUGCAGGACUUGUGUGAAACAAUGAUAGGAGACCAUGGUGAGGUCACCCUGUACAAUGUCUACAAACUUGCACCCACCAAAAAACACUUCCUCAAAAAUUUCCUCUGCUAUGGCACGAAGAGUCGAGAUAAAUGCUCCAAACUGGAGGAGAGAAAGUUCAAUGAGCACCAACAUUCCAAAGAGGAUUUAUAAUUGUCACAAAAUUUUAAUAAAGUAUUGCUUGGAAAUGUGUUUUUUUCUUUAAAAUAAUUUAAAAUAAUUGACAAUUUUAAGAUUGAAAUACAACUUGUCAUCUGAUUUGUUUUUUUGUUAAUUGUUGUCAUUCAUGUAUAUAACUUUAUGUUCUUUGAUAUACGAUACUAGAUAUAGAAUAUUGAUUAGGAUGUUGAAUAUGUAUCGAAAGAUUGUCUAUCCAUUCAUUUAAUUUUUACUCAAUCUUUUUUGUUAAUGCUGAUGUUGUUAAUUUCACUGAUUAAUAUAACAUACUUUCAUGUUUUACUUUAAGAUGUUUGUUUCUUGUUGUUAAUCCAAUUAUUACGAUGUCGUUAUCAAUCAUAUUACCUAAUUUUAACUCAAUGAUUCAGAAAAGUGCACAAUAUGGUGAUGUGGAUCUAAUUUCAGUUUGUCUUUUUCCGUUUGAUAUUUGUAUAAGUUGUAUCGAAUAUUCUCGUGUAUGUUUUACUGCGUGCUAAUACGUGUUAUACACGUGUGUGAAUGUGUUUGUAUCAUGUGCGCGUGCGUGAGUAUAUAUGCGUACGUGCAUGUUUGCGUAUCGAAGGAGCAACCAUGAAUUUAACAUUUUAAAUGUCUGAAAUAAAUUAGUCAGUCUAGUCACACGUUCGAAAACCAUAGGUAUAGAAUAGUAUUUUCUAUAUCUAUUGUUUUCUGCAAUCAUGAUUUUGGAACUACGUCAAUUAUCCUUUACGUUUCUUUGAAGUUUAUUUAUCUUUAUGUAUCGUCUUCACAGUUUAGUUGUUUUAAGGCUUGUGUAGUACGUGUUUGGCCAGUUUUAUACUUACUGUCCUCUAUGAAAUCUAUCUUACGUAAUUCACGUUCAGAUGUGUUCAAUUUGUUUUAUCAUUUUAUUUCAUUCGAAUAUAUUCGAGUUUUAUCAUUUAUUUUUGUAUUUUGAAUAAUUAUAUUACUUAUUUUAUCAUUGUUCUAUUUUGUUAACUCCAAUAUAACAAAUCUGUUACAUAGAUGACGUUUCAUUUGUUUCAAAGUGAUGUCAAUUAAAAUUGUCAGCAUUUUAUAUUUUAGAUCACUUCAGAUUUUCGCCAACGUAGUUUUAUGUUUGUCCUAUGAAAAAAUAAAUAAAUUUAUUAAUUUCAAUCAAAUCACGUUAAGAUUAAGCUGCCUGAUGUGUAGCAUGACUUGUCUGACUACUUACUACCUACAUGCUUUUCGAAAUAAAGUUUCUCCAUGUUUGCAAUGCAACUUUGUUAAUCCUCUUUUAUAUGUGAAUCAAAUCACAUUUUUAUCUAUCGAAUUAUUUACAUCAGUUAUUUUAAAGAAUAAAGCUGAAACUAAA